AUGAGAACUUUGCUCUUGUUGGCGGCUUUCUUCACGAUUUCUCUCUCGAUCGCCCUUCCACCAAAUAUGCAAGCCGGUGGCGGACUCUUCUGUACGGUUUGCACAGAACUCGUUAAGGAUGCCGAAACAUCGGGAGAGCAAGAUGUGAAAGCCUAUCUGACAAAAGAGAUCAAAGCUUUCUGUGACACGACUGGCUUCCUCUCGACAACUUGUCAGGCUGCUUUCAAUAGUGUGGUCGACCAAUUGUGCACCUACAUCAACCAAAAGUUGCCACCAGAUGUGUGCUGUCAGAAAGUCGGAUUGUGC